AUGUCGUAUUCGGAGACGCUGGAGCAGGCUAUUUCCACCGUAAAGCAUCAGGCUGUUCAGAUGCAGCGCUGUUUGCAACAAAGAAAGCUAAUGGAUGCCCUGAAAUAUGCGUCAAUCAUGUUGACAGAGCUAAGGAAACCAGAUCUAUCGCCAAAACAGUAUUAUGAGCUUUACAUACUGAUUUUCGAUUCGCUGUCCAUACUUUCGUCGUAUCUGGUGGAAAAUCAUCCAAAAGGUCAUCACUUGGCAGAUUUGUACGAGCUGGUGCAAUAUGCUGGAAAUGUUAUUCCACGUUUGUAUCUAAUGAUUACUGUGGGCACGAGCUACCUCAAAUGCCCGGAUUCGCCACGAGAAGAGAUCCUGAAGGAUAUGAUUGAAAUGUGUCGAGGCGUGCAAAAUCCUAUUAGGGGCCUUUUUUUGCGGUACUACUUAUCUCAAAGAACAAAGAAUCUACUACCACCAGACCUCUUCGAGUUCAAUGCAAAUUUUGUCAUUACAAAUUUUAUUGAGAUGAAUAAAUUGUGGGUUCGUUUGCAGCAUACAGGACCGUUAAGACAGAGGGAACAGAGAACUAGAGAAAGGAAAGAGCUGCAAAUUUUAGUUGGAUCACAGUUGGUAAGACUGUCGCAAAUCGUUGACGAUAAUAUACAACUUUAUAAAGAUCAAAUUUUACCAACGGUAUUGGAACAGGCAGUUCAAUGUAGAGAUGUUGUUUCACAAGAGUAUUUACUUGAUGCGAUUUGUCAAGUUUUCCCAGAUGAAUUCCAUUUGGUAACACUUGAUCAAUUGUUAAAUUCAACUUUGCAUUUAAAUCCGGAAGUUUCGAUCAAUAAAGUUAUACUGACUUUGACCGAUCGGUUGAAAGGAUAUAUGGACAGAAAUGAGGAUGAUGACUCCAAAAAAAUUGAUAACAAUUUGUUUGAAGUAUUUUGGAACUACUUGAAAAAUCUAGAUGAGGAAAGACCCGAUUUGUCUCUGGAACAGUUUGUGCCACUCAUCGAAAGUAUAUUAGGCCUAUCGCUUAGAUGGUAUCCAAAUGAUUUGCAAAAGUUGAACAUAUUAUACAAAUUUACAACAAAAAAAUGCAAAGAUUAUGGCAAAGUAAUACCCAGCGAACUGGAGUACUUGUUUCUCAAUUUGUUAACUUUGAAAAAUGAAAAUGAAUCGGGUUUAUUAAAUGCAAAUUUCUACUAUGAAAUAGUUCUUCAAUGUGACUCAUUUCGCGAUCUCUUAUCUAUACAAAGUGUUGCAUUGCAAAGAAAUAUUGUCAGCAAACUUUUGGAUAUUUUUUUGCAAACAUCCAGCGAAACAGACACACAAGCUAAUCCUAGCCUUGUUAUUGAUUCAAAGACCAAACUGGAUAGUCUUCUAUCCAUAUGCGAGACUUUUAUCAUGGAUAAAUCAUCUGUCUCAGCAGCAGACAAGAGGAAACCGCAAAAUGAUGAAAACAACAGUAAUGGAAUUAGAACCAAGAAUGGUAGUUUUGAUAAACCAGUACUCGUAAAUAAUAAUGAAGAGAAUAAUGAAAACGAAUCAUCUUGGAAAUUAGAUCCAGAUCAGGAAAAAUUAGCAAAACUAUGUCAUCUAAUUAUACGGUCAAUAAAUAAAUCGUUGCCGGAGAAAAAAAAUAUCGAGUUACAAAUAGAGCUGCUAUUUUCGAUCAAGGCAUGGUUCCUUAAGGGUGGUAAGAACAUCAAAUAUACAUUUCCUGCAAUUGUCACAAACUUUUGGAAAUUGAUUAGAAUGUGUCAUUUAUUAAGCAUACGUUCCAAGUCAAAAAAAAAACUGUUCUAUGAGAAUUUGAUCAAGCAACUGUUUAAAUAUGCAUCUCGUUGUAUCAAUGACCUUUUCAAUAUAUGCGGAUCUUCGUUUGCGGACUCACUUUACAAGCUGAAUAUUCAAAGUGCUUCUUUGGCAGAUCAGUUAUCACUGGGUGAAAUUGCAUAUGACUUCUUUUCACAGGCCUUCACAAUAUUUGAGGAAUUUUUAAAUGAUUCAAGAACACAGUUUCAAGCCUUGGUUUAUAUGGCACAAGCUCUGCAGAAGACUAGAUCUUUACAUGAGGAUACCUAUUAUAAUUCAUUGGUCGUUAGAUGCACCUUACAUUCAUCAAAACUACUAAAAAAACAGGAUCAAUGCCGUGCGGUUUAUUUGUGUUCUCAUUUAUGGUGGGCCACAGAAAUCGCCCUUAUCGGUGAAGAAGAAGGUAUCACAACAGAUUUUUACCGAGAAGGUAAACGGGUGCUUGAAUGUCUACAAAGAUCUUUAAGAAUAGCCGAUUCCACAAUGGACAACGUACAGAGUAGUGAACUUAUGGUUGAAAUUCUCAAUAGGUGUCUUUACUAUUUUAUCCAUGGUAACGAACAUCAGACUCAUGUAAGUGUGAAAUACAUCAAUGGUCUCAUUGAAUUGAUAAAGACGAAUUUGAGAUCGUUAAAGAUGGAGCAAACAGAUAUCGAUAUCGACCCGCAGAGGCUCUCUGAACUUCAUUUAGAUGAUCCAACGUUGCCUUUGGACACUACAUUCAUUAUUGGUAUGGACGGUUCAUAUAUCAAUGUUUCCCAAAAGAGCGGUCCCGCUCCCUCCAUUACCUCCAAACUCAAUUCAACCUUCUUGAACGAGAUGAUUCAGAUACCGAUUCAACACUUCAACAGAACUUGUGAGUACAUUUAUGAUCAACGAGAAGUAGAUGAUAGGUUCAAAGUCAUCGUAAUUUAG